AUGUCCAAAGUGGAGAGCCUGGCCGUGGAGAAGAGGCAGCGACUUGCAGACGCGAUCCCAAAGGAAUGGGUCCCCUCCUCAACGCCUGCGCCACAUCGACUGGACGUGACGGGACUGCCCCGAGAGAGCGGUAUCCUGUCUGACAGAGAGAUAGAGAUCACCGAAGUCACGGAUGUAGACACUCUGUUGAGGAGACUCGCAACAGCAGAAUGGUCCGCGGUGGAAGUCACCACUGCGUUCUACAAGCGAGCCGUAAUCGCACACCAAGCUGUGAACUGCUUGACGGAGGUCUUCGUCGAGAAAGCCUUGGCGCGUGCAGCAGCACUGGACCAGUUCCUGAAGACGAACGGCAAGGUCGUCGGACCGUUGCAUGGCUUGCCCAUCUCGCUGAAGGACAUGUUCAAUGUCAAAGGCAUCGAAACCACACUUGGUUAUGCCUCCUGGGUUGGCAGGUACGCCCAGGAAGACGCAGUCAUAGUCGAAGCGCUCGUCGAAUGCGGCGCCAUCCCAUAUGUGAAGACGAAUGUCCCUCAAAGCGUAAUGUGGACCGAGACGCACAACCUACUGUUCGGCCGUACGGUCAAUCCGUAUAAUCGCUCCCUCACAUGCGGCGGUUCAAGUGGCGGAGAAGGUGCACUGAUCGCCCUCAAAGGCAGUGUGCUUGGGGUCGGUACUGACCUUGGAGGCUCGAUUCGCAUACCGGCGGUUUACAAUGGCAUCUACGGCCUCAAGCCGUCUUACCACCGUCUCCCCAUCCACGGCUGCGUCGGCCCGUUGGAAGGCCAGGAAUGCGUACGCGCAGCGGCGGGACCAUUGUCUAGCAGUCUCAGCGGACUGAAGACGUUCAUGAAGGCUGUACUCAGCACUCAACCAUGGUUCAAGGAUCCCUCAGUAGUCCCCAUGGAGUGGAAUGAGAAACUGUAUGCGCUUGAAAGGCAUGGCAGAGGCGAGCAGCUGUGCUUCGCUAUUAUGUGGGAUGACGGCAAGGUCAAGCCGCACCCACCACUGCAGAGGGCACUCCGGAUGGCGAAGGAGGCAUUGACCGCUGCGGGCCAUACAGUGACCGACUGGGAACCUCUGAAUCACUAUGAGUUCGCCAGGCUUGCUAACACAAUCUGGCGCGCCGGCUCCCGCCGCGACAUACAAUCCCACGUCGCUGAGCACGGCGAGCCGCUCCUCUCGGGCAUGGGCACCGACGAAGACACGUCCCCGGGUUUCUUCACCGGCGAUGGCGCGAAAGACGUGCAUGCAUACGAGCUAUGGCAGCUGCAGAACAAGCUCUUCAACAUGCGCAAGGCGUAUCUCGAACACUGGCAGAAAACUGCCAGCCAAACGGGUACUGGGCGACCGGUGGAUGCUAUCAUUUGCCCCGCAUCGGCGAGCGUUGCUGCGCCUCACGGGCAGAACCAGUACACGAACUAUACCACGGUGUGGAACACCCUCGACUACGCUGCGACGGUGUUCCCUGUCACGAAGGUGGACGCACGGGUGGAUGUCAAGUCUCCGCCGCAUUCGUUCCACAGCUCUAUCGACAAGAUCUACCACGGCAUGUAUGAUCCUCAGGUAUUCAACGGUAUGCCGGUGGGUCUUCAGCUGGUCGGAAGGCCCCUCGAAGAAGAGGCUGUCCUCGCGAUGACGGAGAUCGUGAUUCAGGCCCUCGGGAAGAUCGGAAAGGCACGUUUGUAGCGGAGAACAUGUUUCGGGAGACGUGUACUUCUAGUCCACUUCGGAUGUAUUGCAGGUAUAUGGCAUGAUCGAGGCUCGGUGAGGGCCGUUCGGUUUUCUCCUGCUGUUCU